AUCCCACCUCACUUGCCCAGAAGUUCCCACGCCCUUCCUCCUCGCCUCCCCCUCGGAUGCUCGUCCGCUCUCUUCUCGCCCACCACUCUGCUCCCACCGUUGCCGACCUCCGCAGGCGCAGCCGGGCGCCCAUGGAAGAGCCAUUCAUUGUUACUGGCAAGAUAAUUGCCAUGAUGGUAAGAAACGGGGAAUUGCUUCCAGAAGCAGGGAUGGAGUGCCCAAAAUGCGAACAUCGCAUUGAUAAUAGUGAUGUUUCAUCACAGUGGCCAGGACUCCCUACUGGUGUUAAGUUUGAUCCUACUGAUCUUCAACUGCUUGGACAUUUAGAAGGGAAGAUUGGCAGGGCAGUGUCCCAUGUACUAAUAGAUGAUUUUAUUCCAACUAUAGAGAUGCCAGAAGGAAUCUGCUAUACACAUCCGGAAAAUCUCCCUGGUGUCAAAUCAGAUGGAACCGCCAGUCAUUUCUUCCACAAAAUUUGUAAUGCCUAUGAUGUUGGCACGCGCAAGCGUCGCAAGAUUAGCAACAGCGACUGCAAUGUUUGUGAUGAGCAUCUCAGAUGGCACAAGACUGGAAAAUCCAGACAUAUCUUAGAUAAUAACGGUGACAUAAAAGGGUGGAAGAAAAUAAUGGUUCUUAGGAAAGGAGGUGCCAAGGCAGAAAAGACUAAUUGGACGAUGCAUCAGUAUCACCUUGGGGUAGAUGAAAAUGAGAAGGAUGGGGAGCUUGUUGUUUGCAAAGUCUUCUUUCAGUUGCCGUCAGAGAAAGCUGGGCAGUCUGUAAUGUUCGCUGUUAAUGAAGAAUCCGAUUCAUUUGCUGUGAAAAUCGAUCCUACAACCCCAAUGACAUACCCUCCGCAGCCUCCUCGGCCAGACAGUAGUCCAUUCGAAACCGAGCAGAAUCAGGAGGAUGAAGAGUUCCGCCUAUCAGCUGUUCGGGGAGCCGCGGAAUGGCUCGCUGGAACCUCGUCGUAUGCCGUUGAUGACGCAGCGCUGCCUGGCCUGGAUGAACACCCGUCACGCAGCGGAACGCCGGACGCCGCCUACCCUGAGAAGCAACAUCUGCCUCUUGUUGACACGGACGCGCUCCAAGAUUUCCCCGAACCCGGAACGCCCCCGGACUUCUCCGCUCUGGCCGACUUGCCGAUCGGGUCGCUGGAUAGCUUCACAUGGCUGGACCAAGAGUAGGGGUUCUCAAGUGGCGGCGCAACGCGAAGAGGCUGUUUUUCUCGUGACGUAUGUUGUACUAUAUAUCUGUGUAUGAGUGAUGGAUCUCCGAGAAAAUUUUGUAUAUGAUCCUGCAGCUUGCUGAUGAACGUAGCUCUGCUAUGUGCCUAUGUUUACUGUUGUAGUGGUAUCAGACCUUUUUUUUAGUCCUUUUACGGUACAUCAAAUUAAUCUGAACCUUUUAAUUUUAUGAGGCAACGGUCGAGAUGAGGCAACACUACACCCAAAUUCGUGCAGUAUAUUCAAGCCUUAGGGGCAUUUUGGGUGAAUCGCUGAUAUAAAUCCUGCAGCAGCUUCCCUCCCGAAACAAUUAAGUU